CACCACCAACAUCAUACAGAGGGUAGCAGCCAACCGAGCCGAGUGUGAAUAAAACUCUGAUGUAAUCAUUCGCUGUUACGCUCGCCAAAUGAAAAAUAUAUCGAAUCGCACAGAAACUUUUUAAGAAUCGACGGUUUUGUGGCCACUGGGCAAAGUAUACGGUAUUAUUCAGCUUUUAUUGCGUGCUGCGAACAGUUUGGCUGGAAGCGACCUCAAGCCAAACAUCAUUAAAGAGAGCGACCAGCUGCCUUAAGAGAGAGGAUGUCGUCGCGUAUGUUUAAAUUCGGCGUUACCGCCGCAAGUGCCUGUGCAGGCUCUGUGAUUGCUGCAUGGAGCAUCGAUCGGUGGAAUUCUCCACAUGUGGUUAACAAUGCCGUGCAACGUCCACCCAAGCGUAAGCGUACUCUGCCCAUGCGCAGCGAGCAAAUCAAAUCCCUGAUGAGCGGCGAAGAAUACGAUGUACUAAUUAUCGGCGGCGGCGCCACCGGCGCUGGCUGUGCCCUCGACUCUGUUACGAGAGGUCUAAAGACGGCGCUCGUGGAGCUGGAUGACUUUGCCAGCGGCACCUCCUCGCGCUCCACCAAGCUUAUACACGGUGGCGUACGCUAUUUGCAGAAGGCUAUUCUGGGCCUAGAUCUUGAGCAAUAUAGAAUGGUUAAGGAGGCGUUGGCAGAGCGCGCCAAUAUGCUUGAGUCUGCGCCACACUUGACGCAUCCGCUACCAAUCAUGCUGCCCGUAUACACGUGGUGGCAGGUUCCCUACUACUGGGUGGGCAUCAAGGCGUACGAUCUGGUGGCCGGCGAUCGUAAUGUGAAGAGCUCCUAUUUGCUAUCGAAGAAGGAUGCUCUGGAGCUAUUUCCCAUGUUGAAGAAGGACAAGCUGUGUGGUGCCAUUGUCUACUAUGAUGGCCAGCAGGACGAUGCACGCAUGUGUCUGGCGGUGGCUCUGACAGCGGCUCGACAUGGCGCCGUGGUGUGCAAUCAUGUUGAGGUUAAGGAGUUGCUCAAGAAGGACAACGGCAGCGGCAAACAGGUGUUGUGCGGCGCCAAGGUCAAGGAUCAUAUCUCUGGCAAGGAAUUUACGGUUAAGGCCAAGUGCAUCAUCAAUGCCACGGGCCCCUUCACCGACACCAUACGCAAAAUGGACGAUCCGACGGUGAAGAGCAUCUGCUGUCCCAGUUCGGGCGUGCACAUUGUGCUGCCCGGCUAUUAUAGCCCCGAUCAGAUGGGUCUGCUCGAUCCCUCAACGUCGGAUGGACGCGUCAUCUUCUUCCUACCCUGGCAACGGCAAACGAUUGCCGGCACCACAGAUCUGCCCUGCGAAAUAACGCACAAUCCGGCACCAACUGAGGACGAGAUCCAGUUCAUUUUGAGCGAAAUCAAAAACUAUCUUAACGCUGACGUUGAGGUGCGUCGCGGCGAUGUGUUGUCCGCCUGGAGCGGCAUUCGCCCGCUCGUCUCUGACCCCAACAAGGAUGACACACAAUCCCUGGCCCGCAACCAUAUCGUCCAUGUCAGCCCCUCGAAUCUGAUCACCAUUGCCGGCGGCAAAUGGACAACAUACAGAGCCAUGGCUGAGCACACUCUGGAUGCGGCCAUCAAGGCUUGCAACCUGAAGCCGGAGCGCGCCGAGGCUGUCACAUCGUAUCUGAAGAUUGAGGGCGGCCAGGGCUGGACACCCACCAUGUACAUCCGUUUGGUGCAGGAUUUCGGCCUGGAGUGCGAGGUGGCCCAGCAUCUGGCAAAAUCGUACGGCGAUCGCGCCUUUGCCGUGUCUAAGAUGGCAUCGCUAACCGGCAAACGCUGGCCGAUCAUUGGCAAUCGCAUCCAUCCCGAGUUCCCCUACAUCGAUGCAGAGAUUCGUUAUGGCGUGCGUGAAUAUGCCUGCACUGCUGUGGACAUGAUUGCACGCCGUUUACGUCUGGCCUUCCUCAAUGUGCAAGCCGCCCAGGAAGCGCUGCCCGCUGUGGUCGAAAUUAUGGGCGAGGAGCUGAAAUGGUCCAAAGAGGAGAAGGAGCGCCAAAUCAAGCAUGCCACUGAAUUCUUGGCCAACGAAAUGGGACACACCAUCAAUCGCACGUCCAAGGAGAGGAUACCCAUUAAGCUAUCCAAGGAGGAGAUUCAGACAUAUGUGAAGCGCUUCCAACUUAUCGACAAGGACAAGAAGGGCUACGUGUCCAUUAACGAUAUCCGUCGUGCGCUCAAGAGUUUCGGCGAUGGCGAUGUCUCCGGCGAGCAAUUGCACGACAUACUCAAGGAGAUCGACACCAACAUGAAUGGCCAAGUGGAGCUGGAUGAAUAUCUACAGAUGAUGUCAGCGAUUAAAACUGGCGACGUGGCCUAUUCCCGUUUCGCUCGCAUGGCUGAGCUAGAGGAACAGAAGCACGAGGCGGCCAAUCUGAAGCAGAAGAUCAGCGUCGAUCGCUCCGGCGGCGGAUUGUAAACGACUUAAU